ACACAUGCUGCAGAAAUCGAAUUUAAUUGAAGCAGAUCCUGCUAAUUGGAGUCUGUAAACAAAAUGCUGCAAUUCUUUCAGCAAAUAUAUGCAAGUUCUGCCUUUUGCAAGAAUCUGCCUUACAUAAUUUAUUGGAGGACUUGAGCAGAAUGAGGAAGCAGAUCAUGAAGUCACUUGCUGUAAGAUUUGCAGCAGUCUUGCAGUAAAUUGCUACUAGGAUCAUUUCACAAUUAGUCGGUGAUGAUACGACAGCUUGUCAUCCAAUCUGAAGUUGUUGAUAGUAGUUCAUAUUAGUCAAAGCAUCGCACACCUUCCACUUCCAAAAAGACGCUGCGUUAGCAAUUAACUGUUACAUAUGUAGUAGUAAUUCAAGUGAAUCGGGAGACUAUCGAAUCUCUACAUCGUGAAGUGUUUUUACAAAACUAAGACGUUCUUUACGUGUUUCCUGAAGUGGUCAUUGUAAUUCGCUUUUAUUCGUGACAACGUUGCUCUUCCUUUGUUGUGCUGAAGAAGGAAUAAUUAAGAAAUAAAGCUUUAAUUAAUAUUUUAAUAUUAAUCUUUAAAUAAUCUUCUUGAACAAGUGCGUGCGAGACAGUGUGUGUGAGUGUGUGUGUGCGCGCGCGUGUGUGCGUGUGUGCGUGCGUGCGUGCGUGCGUGCGUGCGCGUGUGUAAUAUCAGUUUUUCUGCAGAAAUUUACAGUUUUUUGAAAAUACGAAAUGACAAUAAGACUUGCCGUCUGUAUUAUUUCUACGCUGGUGCUUGGAGCAUCAGCCAGAAUAUGUGCCCCGGAUAACGUAGAAGGUGAAAUAAAUAUCACGCAACCGCCCAUGAAUCUGACCACGAUCGAAGGCAAAACCAUCCAGAUCAUGUGCCGUGUUUUUGGUGCGCCAAAGCCUGAGGUCAAAUGGAUUAGAAACGGACUAGAAUUGACCGGCGGCUGUUACAAGACUCUAGAUGAGGGUGAUUUAAAGAUCGAGAACGUGACACUUCUGGACGCCGGUAUUUAUACGUGUUACGCUUCCAAUAUAUUCGGUGAGGUGAAUGCAUCCGCCAGUUUGAUAGUAAAAGAGCACACUAAGAUAAUAGAUAAACCGGAGGACUGGGUGAGACCAGCAGGUUUCUUUGCCAGGUUCAGGUGCAAUGCCGUUGCUGAUCCCACUCUACCUCUAACCAUAAACUGGUUGAGAGAUGGUGAACCAAUAGAUUUCAAGAUGGACCGAAGAUUUCGACAAACUACCAAUUACCUAAGAAUCAAAAAUACAACUGUAUUGGAUUCCGGUGUCUAUACGUGUAUCGCCCGCACUGAUCUCGACGAGGUGAGAGCACAAGCUACGCUGGUGGUUCAAGAUGCACCCAAUGCACCACGAAUAGUCGGCAUGAAGUGCAAUCUCAACUCGACUAUGAUCGAAUGGAUACCUAUGGGAGAUAACGGAGCUCCUAUUUUGCAUUACAUGAUUAAAUACAAUACUACUUAUAGAGUUAAACUGUCUACUUGGGAUAGUUCCAUGUGGUACAUCCCACCUACGGUUUUGAGAUGCGAAAUACCUACAUUACCUUGGACUAAUUACACGUUCCACGUCUUUGCGUUGAAUGAAAUUGGUUCUUCUCUACCGUCACCACACAGCACCGGUGCUUGUAACACCGAAGCGGACGUCCCUUAUGGAAAUCCGAGCAAUGUUAUGGGCAAGGGUACAACACCGCAAAAUUUGGUUAUAUCAUGGAAAAGAAUGACGAUGGAAUACCAUAAUGGGCCCAAAUUUCAAUACAAGAUAUUUUACAGAAGAGAUAUACCAUGUGAAGACUGGGUUACAAUUGAUGUACACGAUUGGAAAAAAGAUAAAGUGGUGGUGGAAAAUCAACCUACUUAUCAGAAAUACAGAAUUAAAGUCGUUGCGAUGAACGAGAAAGGAGAAUGUAGAAUUCCAGCCGAUGAAGUUAUCGGAUACUCCGGAGAAGACGUACCUUUACAAGCACCCGAUAAUUUUACGCUAAAUGAAAUAAAAUCACGUACAACCGUUGAGCUGUCGUGGACUCCGGUACCCGAGGAAAUGGUAAGGGGCGAAUUGCAGGGGUACAAAAUUCAAACAUGGACGGACAAAGACGGCGAGGAGGGAAUGCGGGAGAUUGAUAUUCGUGGUGGAGAUAAAACGCACGCUUUAAUCACGAGACUCGUUCCAUAUAGCAAGAAUUUCGCAAGAAUACUUGCUUACAAUGGCAGGUACGCUGGUCCUGCGUCUGAGACAUUAAGCUUUGACAUGCCGGAAGGAGUACCAGAACCAGUACGCCAUUUCAAAGUAUUCAACAUGGGAUCCAGUGCGCUGUUUUUAAACUGGACGCGGCCCGCAAAAACAAACGGUAUUUUAACCGGAUAUAUAAUUGAUUAUGAAGUUGCGAGCGACACACUGCUGAAAAAUUUACUUGAGAGAAAACCGCAUGUUGUGGAUCCACAAGCUACGAGUGCCAUAUUAGCCCCACUAGCACCCAACACAAUAUAUCGCGUUUUUAUACGUGCCACAACCAAGGUCGGCAAUUCAGGCUUUCACAAUAUGAUCGAGCGAAAGACAGGAACGCCUCAACGACCUGACAUCCCACGCUUUACGUGGGAAAUCGUACCAGUGGAGAAUGGAUACUCAAACUUACGAGUUACUUGGUUGCCAAAUUUGGACGGUAAUCCGGGAAGCUACUUCUUCGUCCAGUAUAAGCUGAAAGGCGAAACAAUAUUUUUAGAGACGAUGCCCGAGUUUCAAUCGACUUAUGUUGAGAUUCAUGGUCUUCGAAGCGGUGAAGUUUACACAAUGUCGGUUGUCGCUGUUGACGGAGAUUACAUGAGCGAGAGUGCCCCUAUAGAAGUAGAGAUGAGGGCAAAAAAGCAGCGAAAGCCAGUUGUUCAACCGAAGAAGAAUGCGACAGCGGCUAGUUUAUAGGUAAUGUUUAUAGAUAAUGUUUCUUUACAUAAUGGCUUGAAAUGCAAGAAAUUCAGCCAAGUUUAUUGAAAAGGAACAGGCUGUAUAUUUUACAUGUUAUCUGUAAAUAUUUAUCUCUAGAUUCUAAAAGAUUCUUGUUUCAUCAGAAAAUUACAUUCCGUUUCUAAUUUUUAAUUUACAUUAUAUCAAUGCACAUUGAAGAUAAUUUAAAAAUAAGCCGAAACGUUUUAGCAUUCUUGCGAAACGAUUGUAAAAAAUACCAAGAUAUUUCAUUAAAGUUUUUUUGUGAGUGAAAAUCACUGCUGUGACGUAACUUCAAAAUUUGUAUCCGAAAGCAUGAUCUGUCAUUGAAAAGAGUAAUUAUAAUACAUUUUUUUUAUUAGAUUAAGUGAUUUAAAUAUUAUAAAAUAAAAAUCCAAUUAUGUACACACUAUUAUUACACACAACUCAAGUUCUCCGUGCGCGACACGGAAUUAUAUAUAAACAUCCAAACAUCAAAGUUUAGCUUUUUACAGUAACAGAGUAUCUUUUUUGCAUAAUGAUUUUGGCUGGGGCACACUGAUUGCACAUUUCAAGUCCCAGAUAAUCAUUUGGAUCCUGAAAUGUGCAAUCGGUGCGUAUCCGCCGAAAUUGCUAUUAAAUUUUAUUAAAUUCAUUUGAUAAAUUUUUAUAAAGAUAUUUGUUUUUAUAAUUUUGUGAAUUUAAUAAAAAGAAAAAA